AUGGGUGUGUUAGGCAGUAGGCAGGCAUCCUUUUGGGUUCCUAUCUGUAUUGCAUUUCUGUCUCUCUUCGCCACACUCUACAUCGCCAUGGACUGGAUAACGACUAUGUUUGACAUCGGUCGGCCCGACUAUCCAACUCAAGAGGGCGUCGAAUCGCAAUCGACACUCUGGUAUCCGCCGCGGACGAGUUUAGGAAGCAUAUUUCUUCCAAUUUCGUUUGCCCUCGGCAUCCUGACGUUUGUCUCUUCAUGCAUAGCAGCGAUACGCGUCGUGAAGGAUGCAAAGCGCGAGACUGCCUUGGCGGCGAACUGGGUGUUCUACUUGGCUGCCUGCGUCUCCGCAAGUUUCACAGCUACUAGUCUGAUUUUGUCGAUUCACGCGUGGUUCGCGAGACAGGAAGUUCACGCGAGCUUUAUUUGUUCUGCCGCGAGAGGCACUGCACUGCCUCAGCAGAUUUGUGCCCGCUUGGCUGCAUGGCGCAAAGAUAAUGAUAUCAAGCUGCUGGUCCUCUUUUUGGUUUCGGGCGGAGCGGCGCUGUUAACGGGAAUCUUGGUAAUGCUUCUUUUCGGGAUCAUCUGCAAAGCAGUGUGGUUUCCUCCUCUAGAAUAUCCAGACCUUCCUGCGAAAGGCACGAUGCCGACUCGAGAUGUUUUGCAGGUCUCACCCUACGCAGUAAAAGCCGUUCAAGAAGCAGGGCGUCAAUAUUCCAGCUCAACAAUCCACACGAUAGGGACCGAAUUCGCCGGAGUGGACUCGUAUGAGAUGUCGAUUGCAACUCCCACGUCGUCGGCGGGGCGCAGCAAGCGGCAGAAAUCGUCAGCGCUUUUGCCUCACCGUUAG